UCAGGCCCAUUUAGAUUUGUAUACCCUGAUCACAAAAUUACCGCAUUGCCACUCUCCUGCUCGACUGCCACUACUCUCGUCUAUCUCCAUCUUUAGGGUUUAUUUUCCGAAGUCAAAUCAAAUGCAACAGUAUCUAUAAAAAUUUCAUCAAAUUCCAACAGCGAAAGUGAGAGAAUCUGAAAAUGGCUUCUACAUUUAUGCAGCAAUUUGCGAAAAAGAAGAACAUUUUAAAGAGGUCAACCAAGAAGUACUUAGAAGAAGCACUUUAUAAGAAGCUCUUUAAGGAAGGAGGAGAAGAGCAAAGGGUAGCCGAACAGCUAAAUCAAUUCUUGAAAUCUCGCAAAAGUGCUUACAAAUGGGAAGUAGGUCAAUCCCUCAAGGUACUUCGCAGCCGCAAGCUCUACCGCCCGGCCAUCAAGCUGUCUGAGACCAUGACGAGGAGGGGGGUGAACAAGACAAUAAGUGAUCAAGCGAUACAUCUAGAUCUUGUUGCAAAGAGUAGGGGAAUUGCUGCUGCAGAAACUUACUUUAUCAAUCUGCCUGAAUCCUCGAAAAACCAUCUCACCUAUGGUGCUCUUCUUAACUGUUACUGCAAGGAUUUAAUGACUGAAAAGGCCGAAACUUUGAUGGAAAAGAUGAAGGAACUUAAUUUAGAGCUAAGUUCCAUGCCCUAUAACAGCCUCAUGACUCUCUACACAAAAACUGGGCAGGCAGAAAAGGUUCCGGCGAUCAUCCAAGAAAUGAAGUCAUGUGAUAUCAUGCUAGAUUGCUACACCUAUAAUGUCUGGAUGAGGGCUCUUGCUGCUAUGAACGAUAUAUCUGGGGUUGAGAGAGUUAUUGAUGAAAUGAAGAGGGAUGGCCGAGUUGCUGGAGAUUGGACAACAUAUAGCAAUUUGGCAUCUAUUUAUGUUGAUGCCAGAUUAUUUGAUAAAGCUGAGAAGGCACUUAAGGAACUGGAGAAGCUAAAUGCUGUACGAGAAUUUUCUGCUUACCAGUUUCUGAUCACAUUGUAUGGACGUACUGGAAAUCUGCUUGAAGUAUACCGUAUCUGGCGUUCAUUGAGGCUUUCGUUUCCCAAAACCCCAAAUAUAAGCUAUCUAAACAUGAUACAAGUGUUGCUUAAGUUGAAUGAUUUACCAGGUGCUGAGAAAUGUUACCGGGAGUGGGUAUCUGGUUGCUCAACUUAUGAUAUUCGAAUUGCAAAUUCCCUAAUAGGAGCUUAUCUUAAAGAAGGUUCAUUGGAGAAGGUUGAGGCACUCAAGGCACGGGCAAAGAGGAGAGGAGCCAAGCCCAAUGCUAAAACUUGGGAGCUUUAUCUGGAUUAUUAUCUGAAGAAUAGAGAGAUUGAAUCAGCAGUAGUUUGUAUCGAAAAUGCAAUUUUAACCGGCAGGGGAGAUGGUGGUAAAUGGACCCCUUCACCUGCCCUUAUUGGAGAACUGAUGCGACAUUUUGAGCAAAACAAGGAUGUCGAGGGUGCUGAACGUUUUCUGGAGGUUCUGAAGAAGUCAAAAGACGAUUUGGGAUCAGAAGUACUUGAAUCAUUGAUAAGAAUCUAUGCAGCUGCUGGAAAAACAAGUCCUGUCAUGCGUCGCUGGAUUAAGAUGGAGAAUGUAGAAUUGAGCGAGGAAGGUAUAAAAUUACUGGAUGUCGUCUGUAAGGAAUGAGAUCUUUUAGCUAGACAUCUUUUUGUGUAUGAAAAUUUCCUUUUAAGUUUCAAUUUAAAUUCCUUGCCGGUUAUAACACACUCAGUACGUUGGUAGUGAAGAUUUGCUAUGUCACUUCAGAAGCUGAUCUGUUCAUUUGAACUAUUUCUUGUGCAUUCUAGUGGUCUUCUGUGCCCAUGAUAAAUUUUGAACAAUCUCA